AUGUUUUCGGGCUUGGUGAACUAUGCCCAGUCAUUGUUAGCGUCAAAGUUGAUCACCGUGUGUUUGGAUGGCAUACAGUUUGGCCCCCAGCCAAUCCAAACCCCCAAAGGCGAGGAAGUGGAUAUCACGGAGAUGCUGUUGUAUCCAAAUGUAUGUGGCUGCCUCACAACGGAGCUUCUCAUCAGCAUUUCCUGGAUAAGCCGACUCCCCCACCUUGUACGGCAAGGGAAACCGGAUGAGAACCCGCUUAGCUGUACCUGCGGUCCAAUUCUCGACGUAAACCGGGAUGCAAACAUUGAAGCUGCCGUGUAUCCACUCCCUCACUUCUCCCAAGCGACACUGAUUGGAUCGGCCUAG